UCCUAUUGAGCGGUCUCAACGUAUCUGUUAGUAUUAAUACGAGGACACAGAAAAAUGUAUUCCUCCUAUGAAGACGUCUCUAAGGAACACUCAAGAGAAUCCCCCCAGAGACACGACGCAGAGCGGCCAUCGAGUAAAGACGCAACAUUCAUAGCGCUGCUUUUUAAAGGUGUGUGUGUGUGUGUGUGUGUGUGUGUGUGUGUGUGUGUGUGUUUAAAGUGUAUGUUAGGGUGUCACCACAGCAAUCAGAGGGGGAGGAGAUGCCUCCUGUACAGCUCCACACUCAGACAAAAACUAUCCACAUGGCCGUGAGCUACCUGGGACCACAUUUUCAUUAGAAAUUGAUUAAUUAUGAGCGACGUGAAGACGAUUUGUCCUCUGGCCGUUGGGGGGGCCCGAGGGUGCGGAUCAGGUGGGACCCUGCUCCCAAGAUCCCUGGUUGAAAGUCUUUGUCGUCACAAGAAGCCUCAGUUUCUCUCCUUGUUCCUGUCUCUGCUUAUUCUGGCGCUGCUGGUCUUGUGUAGCAUGCUGUCCAGCAGCACUCUGUCACACUGGGAUGGCUUUCCCCUCCACAAGUACUACCACCGGUUUCCCAACCAAACCAAUCGGUUCAAGCCACCUCCUCCGUAUAGUUUCCAUCCUAAACACAAAGUCAAACCAACAGGCACAAGUAAAACCACGCAAGACUCCACUGCACUGACCACCGUCAGUCAGUCCUACCUGCGCAACUACCACUUCAUCAUGGACAACCAAGAGGUGUGCCAGACCGAGACUCCUUUCCUGGUCUUGAUGGUUCCGGUUGCACCAAAAAACCUGGCUGCUCGGGACGCCAUCCGGCAGACGUGGGGCAAAGAGAGCAUGGUUAAGGGCCAGGCGGUGCUGACACUGUUCAUGCUGGGCCUCUCCGGAGGAGCAGAUGUCCAGGAGGAGCUGCGGCAAGAGAACCUGCAGCACCGCGACUUGCUGCAAAGCAACUUUGCAGACACAUACCUCAACCUGACCCUCAAAACUAUGGUGAUCAUGGACUGGCUGGCCACUCGCUGCCCAACGGCCGCAUACGCCAUGAAGGUCGACUCCGAUAUGUUCUUGAACGUUGACAACUUGGUGGUCAUGCUACAGAAGCCGGGCAUCCCUAAAGUGGACUACCUGACUGGGAUGCUCAUGUGGAACAGGCCGGUUAUCCGGUCAAAGGACUCCAAGUGGUACGUCCCUCUGGAGAUGUACCCAGAUCCUGUGUACCCAACCUACGCUCUGGGCAUGGGUUAUGUCUUCUCCAACGACCUUCCGAAGAAAUUUGUGGAGGUCUCAAAAUCCAUCAGACCCUUCAACAUAGAGGAUGCUUAUAUUGGACUGUGCAUGAAGAAGCUUGGACUUGCGCUGACAUCGCCGCCAGAUCCCCCCCAGUUCAGGGCCUACAACCAGAGAUACGACCGAUGUGAGUACUCAAAGAUCAUCACCUACAUUUUGGGGUCUUCACAAGAGCUGGUGAACUACUGGACGGACUUGAAGAAGCCUGGACCACCUUGUUAGGACAAUGACUAGGAACUGGGUGGUUAGCACUGGUCUGUAAUUCUCAGGCCAUCAUGUUAAUUUAAAUGAGGCUUCAGAUCACUGUGGUGGAAAAGUUGAUGGUUUCCACAACUCUAGCGUAGAAAUGGUGAUGGAAAGAUGUUUAUCGUGGACUUAUAACUUUUUUUUUUGGAAUGCAAAUAAAAUUUAAAAUUAAUAAAAAUAAUUGUUCCCCUCAUAAUAAACUACCCGGGUCCUAAGGCUCUCCAUUUACUGCUUCUCAUCAACAUCCAUAGGUAUUGUGAACAUCACUGUAACAAACUACACAUAUAACAAACAUUUAUAACAAAGACCACAACUACUGACUAUGUGGAGACCCGCCCCCUGUAGCUGGAGGAGAGUGGAGGGAGAAUAGAAAAUGUAAAAAAUAUAAUGCAUACAUAAAUCUGAUAUCCUACAAUUGAAAUAAUGAAUGUAGGAAUUUAUCACUAAAGUGUAAAUGACGUGCUUUAGUAAAUGUAUUCUAUUCUCAGCAUAAAUACUUAUUAAUGAAUUAAUUAUAAAGUAUAGAAUCUAUAUAUUAGUUUUAUUUCGCUAUGCUGGCAUGGUCUUUGUUCUCGAUUUGUUCGUUAACUAUAUUUGUGUUGUGAAACCUUAUUUCCCAGAAUGCAUUUCACGCCAGGAACAGACAACAAUGGCAGAGGGAAGUAAACACAACAAAUUAUAUGAAAUACUGUGAUUAGAUCACGGAAUGUAGCUUGAGGCUGACGGGAAGGUUAACAACAGCAGUUAGUGGCCUUUCCUCUUGACUGAACUGGUCAUCACAUGCGAGACUCUCUUGUCUUCAAAGGAGUGCUGUUGUUUUUAUUCUAGGUCAACUCUGGACUUCAGGAAGUUCUAAGAAGCUUCCAGUCCUUUCACAUCAUGUAAAUAUACAUACCUUUCAUUUAAUUUAGUCAACCAAAAGAUAAAGUAAAACAUUGAUUGUGCUGCCUGGUGGUAGAACUGUUUUAACGUUAUUUCGAGUCACUACUUCUACACUUCAUGUUCCAGAGAGGCUGCAUGAGGCGUUUGUUUCCUCCUGAACGCGGACUCUGGCUCAGUGGUUGGCGUCGUGGCGUGAGACAAUGCUGGCCCGUUCCCCUGCGAAUCAUUCACCUGUAGACCUGGCCAGACCUGACACUUUUAUCAGCUGUAUGGCGGGUGGGGCUUGGCUCUGUGAGCUGAGGGUGUGAAAGGAACACCAAGACCACCUGUCCACUAUGUGCUUUCCCCCCCUCUUCCCGUAGCAAGCUCCAUUUAUGGGAAGUCUACUUACUUUGUUGUGCUGCAGUGACUUGGUGUUGACUUAUGAUGUGACACCGCUGUGUGUAAACCGUUGUGACGCGCAGAGGGGGGGCACGCUGUCAGUGGCACCUUAAAAAACUGGGCAGCAUUUAGGGAGCUCUAAUGGCAGUAAGGGGAUAUAAUAUUAAAUUACAUACAUUACAUAUUUUAUUGUGUCUUUAGUGUAUAAUUGUCAGAGAUAGACUUAUUCUGACUUGGAAAGAGUGACUCGAGAUCAUCUGCCAUGUUCCCACGUAGCCCAGAAAGGACAGUUUCAGGGAGGGGCAUCAGGGUCUUAGAAAUCUAAACAAAGAUCAAAUAGUAGGCUGGAUUGUGCACAUCAAAUAGUUUAUAGCACAAUCACAAACAAACAAAACUACAUGACAGGUUUGGUGUGGUGGCACUGCCCGGUUUUAAGAAACCCGUUCAACAAGUUCUACUUGCUGGAGAAGAUGAUAGCCGAGCCCGGGUACUCCCCGUAUCCCCUGGGCAUGGCCUAUGUCACGUCCCUGGAUCUGCCUGCCUUUCCUCACAUCAAACCUAUCUUCAUUGAGGGCGCCUACUUCAGGAUGUGCCUGAAGCACCAGGGGCCUCAUUUAUAAAACCUUGCGUAGGAUUUGCGCCAGAAGUGGCGUAUGGAUGAAACGUAG